UCUGCUGGCAGGGCGAACACACACGGGCGAAGCGAGAUCAAUCAAAGUGUGAGCGAGAGGGUUCUUUUUUGUAUGCGCUUUCUACUAUUGCUGCUGACACUAUUGCCAACCUUAGCGCGUGUAAUCGUUUCGUUAGCACCGAACCCGCACCCGGCACACACACGUGCACAUAUACCCUCUCUCAUUAACGCACACUAUCGCAGCGCGUCGCGACCGUUGCCUGUGAAGUCAAAACCGGCGUUGACGGCGUGCUUCACAGUAGGAAGAAGAUACCGGUUAUUUUGGGCGCCGGAGUAGCUUUUCGCGAGCAUUUCAACUUACCAGCUAACCAAAAACUCUUUAUUCGCACCAACGCUAUCAUUCGAAUGGAUGGGAUGAAGAUUUAGAGCCAGGCGUUUGAAACAAAAUGUGUGGAAUCGAAACGCAUGGUCACGUUGACUGCAACCAACGAGUGAAGAAAACUCGUGUGUGCACGCGUGAGAAAGGCGGUUAGGCGCAGAACGCGUGAGUGAGAAGGAAUGCGAAUGUGUGAGCUAGGACAGGCUGUGUGUGCGGCAUACGUAUCUGCACGCACACACUCACUUCCUUGUCUUGCUAACGCGUUUUUCGCUUUGUGUAUGGGGAGAAACAAUUCCCAGGCACCAAACUUUCCCGUGAACAAAUCAUCAGGUUAUUGAGGAUGUUUUGCUAACAAGAUGUUUGUUUACGCCACUGGUCCAGCAAUCGGGUGCAGGCCUUAAAUUAGGUGAAUUUCGUUGAAAAAUACUGGUGAACGCCAGGAAAGUUUGCAAAUUCAUCAUAUUUUGCACAGUGCCCAUUUAAAAAAUCGUUCCUGGCAUUGUGGAAACGAUGCGCGCCAUUCCGAAAUGGGUUGAGAAAAUACACGAUUCUAGCGAGAAGAGCGAUGUCGCUAGUAUCCACUCGAUAUGCUAUCAUCCGGAGGGGCUUCAGCUGGUGGUCGCAGCCGGGGACAAAGUGUUAGUAUACGAUCCUCUCGACGGUAAUCUGAUCAAUUCACUAAAGGGCCACAAAGACACGGUUUAUUGUGUGGCGUACGCGAAGGAUGGCAAAAAGUUUGCCUCGGGAAGUGCGGAUAAAACGGUGAUCAUAUGGACGCAGAAGCUGGAAGGAUUGCUGAAAUAUUCGCAUAACGAUUCGAUCCAAUGUUUAGCGUUCAACCCAAUCUCGCACCAGCUGGCCUCGUGUGCGGUGUCAGAUUUUUCCUUCUGGUCAUCCGAGCAGAAAGCUGUACAAAAGUACAAAUCGAUCGCGCGCAUUAAUGCCUGCGCCUGGACGAACGAUGGACAGUACAUCGCGCUCGGGCUGGCAAAUGGAACGAUCUCGAUACGCAACAAGGCUGGCGAGGAAAAGAUUAAGAUCGAUCGUCCGGGCGGUGCGAACAGUCCGGUUUUCGGACUAGCCUGGAACCCACCGGCAACGUCUGGUUCGUCGGACAUACUAUGUGUGAUCGAUUGGGCCCAGACGUUGUCGUUCUACUCGCUCGGUGGUCAGAUGAUUGGGAAGGAGCGAAACUUUGGCUUUGAUCCGUUGUGUUUAACGUUUUUCCCGAACGGAGAGUUCCUGAUCGUUGCCGGUUGCAACAAGGCUCUUCAACUGUUUACUCGCGAUGGCAUACGUCUGGGGUUGCUUGGGGAACAACACGAUUCCUGGAUUUGGAACGCAGCGGUACAUCCUGCUGGGAACUGUGUAGUCGUUGGCUGUCAGGACGGAACGUUGGGAUGUUACACACUGGCAUUCAACACUGUGCACGCAUUGUACCGCGAACGGUACGCUUUCCGCGAGAACAUGUGCGAUGUAAUCAUCCAGCAUCUCGUAUCAGGCCAGAAGGUUCGUAUCAAGUGCCGCGAUCUGGUGCACAAGAUCGCAAUCUAUCGCAACCGGCUAGCCGUGCAGCUCCCGGAACGGGUUGUGCUGUACGAGCUGAGUUCAGCUGAAAAUCAACCGAUGCACUACAAAGUGAAAGAAAAGAUAGCGAAAAAGUUCGACUGCAGUUUGCUGGUCGUUUGUGCCCAACAUCUGGUGCUGUGCCAGGAGAAGAAACUGCAAAGCCUCGAUUUCAACGGUGUGCUGCAGCGCGAAUGGAUGAUGGAUAGCUUUAUACGGUACAUCAAGGUUACGGGCGGUCCAGCCGGCCGCGAAGGGUUGCUAUUGGGAUUGAAAAGUGGUCAGGUUUGGAGGAUCUUUCUCGAUAACUCACUACCAAUCCUGGUCACCACGGUGCUGUCGUCGGUGCGUUGUCUCGAUUUGAAUGCGUCGCGCACCAAACUGGCCGUGGUGGAUGAUGCCGGACGGUUGGUAGUACGGGAUCUUAUCGCCGACACGAUGCUCUAUCAGGAUGCGAGCGUAAAUUCGGUCGCCUGGAACACACAUCUUGAGUCGAUGCUGUGCUACUCCCAUACGACCGGUGGAUUAAGCGUACGUGUCGGAUCACUGCCGCCGCGAAGCCCACAAACCAUGCUCGGAGUUGUGGUGGGUUUGUGUGGAGCGACUGCCUUCUGUCUGCGUGGUAACGUUAUGAGCAACGUGCCGCUAGCACUCGGCGCCACUAUGUGGCAAUUCGUCGAGGCGGGUUUGUUUGAGGAUGCAUAUCAGGUCGCAUGCUUGGGAGUGCCGUUAUCCGACUGGGAAGGACUUGCGCAAGCCGCGUUGGAUGCGCUAAAUUAUCAGGUGGCGCGUGACGCUUAUGUAAAGGUGCGCAAUUUGCCCUGGCUCGAGUUGAUCGGUGAUCUGAAGGAGCGUCAGAAACGUGGCGAAACUUCCAAAGAAGUGUUGCUAGCGGAAACGUAUGCAUUCGCGGGAAAGUACAAAGACGCGGCCCGGUUGUAUCAGAAAUCGGGCAACAACAGCAAAGCCCUGGCCAUGUACAGCGAUUUGCGAAUGUUCGAUCUUGCCCAGGAGUUCCUGAAGGAAGGAAGUGCCGCCGAUCGCAAGGAGCUGAUACGUCGACGGGCUGAGUGGGCCUGCUCGGUACAUGAGCCACGAGCUGCGGCGGAGCUUUUGCUAUCGGCCGGCGAACCGGAACGUGCGAUCGAAAUCGUAGCCGAGCAGGGUUGGGCCGAUGUGUUGCUGGAUAUUGGGCGACGAUUGACUGCUUCGGAAAAAGCACCCCUUGAGCUAAUCGCUAGCCACCUACGGCGGUUGAAAGCGCUACCGCUUGCGGCGGAAAUUUAUCGUAAGCUUGGCGAGGAAGAACAGGUCGUUCAGUUGCAUGUGGAGGCGAGAGAUUGGCCGGAAGCGUUUCGUUUGGCCGAACAUCUUCCGAAAGUGUUGCCCUCGAUUCAUUUCCAACAUGCGCAGUGGCUUGCUGAAUCGGAUCAGUUUAUAUCGGCGCACGAAGCUUACAUCUUGGCGGGAAAACCACACGAAGCAACGAAAUUGCUACGGAAUCUGGUAGAAUGUGCCGUGUCCGAGGAACGCUACCUAGAUGCGGGUUAUUACACGUGGUUAAGAGCAAAACAGGCGCUUAAGCUGCUCGACGAUACUAAACAGACGAUGGAUGCGAACGAUUCCGGCGUGACGGACUAUCGAUCGUUGUUGAAGCUGUCGUCGAUCUACUACGCCUACAAUACGAUCAAUUCUUAUCUGAAGGAACCUUUCACGAGUAGCCCUCCGCUGACGUUGUUUAACACGAGUCGCUUUGUGGUGAAUCAAAUCAAUGGAACAAUACCUCCGAAGGGUAUCAGUUUGUUUGCCGUAUACUACACCCUGUCGAAGCAAGCGAAGGUGCUCGGUGCAAAUAAGCUACAUCUGCAGAUCAACAACAAGCUGCAAUCGUUGAAGAUUCCUGCGGGCAUUCAGGAGCAGGUGGACAUAAGCUACAUUAGUAGUCGUGCCUGUCCCGGUGGAUUUAACGACCCAGAGGAACUGUUACCGAUGUGCUACAAGUGUUCGAACUACAGUCCGCAUUUGCACGGCAAUCGGUGCCCCAAUUGUCAGCAGGAGUACGUCUUCUCUUACGUUUCCUUUGAAAUUCUACCGUUGGCGGAGUUCGCACCGGAGGCAGGCAUUAGCGAACUCGAUGCGGAACGGUUACUCUUGGCACCACCGAAGAGUUCUACCUACGAUCAACAAGAUCAAUUUAUUCAGGAGGAUAUCAUUGAUACCUAUCCAUCCACACUCGAUCGCGAUGCGCUGCGAGCGAUCGACCCGAGGGAGGUGAUCAUUGUACGCGGUCCUGCUCCGCUAGCGACGCGAUACUAUCGUAACUUGCUGCCCGAGCUGCAAAUCACCGUCUGUUCCGAAUGCAACCAGGUAUUUCAUUCGGAAGACUUUGAGCUACAGUUUUUGCAGAAGGGCCACUGUCCAUUCUGUCGUUCCACGGACGAAAGCCUCAUGAAUUGAGCGGAUGAAGUUGUCUUGUAUUUUGAAGUGCGCUGAUUAUGAUCUCGAAUAUUUGAACCCCAUUCCGUCCACUGGAAGCCUUAGAUGCUUGUAAUUUAAGUGUUAAACUUACAAACGUGCUAAUCGUUGGAUACUCAAUAUGUGUAAGUAAUACGUGCUUAUAUUAGGUGUGAUAAUACAUGUCAUUAUCAUGUACCAGUGUUCUCCUACACUCAGAAUUUCCACUUUUGUAUAACGUCAAUCCUUUUUUAGUAAGGAUAACCCUAAUU